AUGUGUGUUGAUAACGAUGAUGGCGUUAGGGUUGAUGAUGAUGGAGAUGGCGAGGGCGAGGACGAGGGCGAGGUUGAUGGGCAGGUCCAGGGUGCUGGUCAGAUGUUCAGCCGAUAUUUCAGAUGGCACUCGCAUAGGGUAAUGGGAAGCAUAUCCAUUCGCAAACACAUCCGAUGGGGUGCGGAACCCCCCUCAGAACCCACCUCCACACUCGUCCUCACCUCGCCCGGCCGUCGCUUCGUUGACAUCCGGGUCCUCACAACCGCGUCUGCCGGUCUGGACUUGGACAGCCAUCUGGGUCACGAGAGCUUCGGCAGUCUCGCAACAGACCGCCUGGACUGGGCUUUCGCCGGCACCUCGUCCUCCACAAAGGCCACCCGCCCGGACGGCAGCGAAGCCACCCACUCCGUCUUCAAUCACUGGGUCGAUAGCCGCACCACUGAGCCACAGCUUGUCCGAGAUGAAGGCGACAUGGUCCCUUGCCCAGGUGGCCUGGCUCUUGAGGUCGGAAGCAUGGUCAAUCCUGCCACCGGUAUCUUGACAGCAUACGAGGAACUUUGGUAUGAUAAGAAACCAGCCCUUACAAGCGCCACACCACCCGAAUGCAUCGUUUUCCAGCUCUUGGAUGAGCCAGGCGCGAGACGGGGCUUGUUUGUCCGCCUCGGUCCUUACGCCCAGGGCGUGUUACGAGUCGGAAACACCUUUACGGCUGAAAGAUGGGCCUGGAGCGAGAAUCUGUCCAGUUGGGAGCAGAUUGUCAAGAUUGGCGACAAUCAUGAUUCCCUGGGCUUUCUACUGGACGAGCAACGGCGGUCCGACAAGGUAGGCGACCAAGUUGAGGCUCCUAUGGGAACCUGGACGGUCAUUGAGCAAUGCAUCUAG